CGGAUUCUGCUUCAACAGCUGAACAGAAGGCGGCUCCACCAGCAGCUUUCAACCCGGCACCAGCAUCAGCAUCAGCACCAGCACCAGCACCAGCACCAGAGCUAUACUGCGUACUCUACGCUACCUACAGUGUGUGUCUGACGCAGUCCUGCAUCGAGCGGCGCAUCGUGUCCCCACAGCGGUGCAGCAAGUGGAGUGGGUCUCUACCAAGCCGGUUCCUUGUUCGUUUGCAGGCUUCCCGGGAAGACAGUGUGUCACUGUGCAGCAGAUUGCCACCCGCAAGCCGGACUCGCGCCGCCUGUGUGUCGCCUUCCCUUCCCAGCUGCCAGCCCAACCCGCCAGCCAGCCCGGCCCAAUCCACUGCCCAUUGUCGUUCGUCUCCAUGCCUUCCCUCCCUCCUACCGGCACCAAUCGUAGUCGUCCUUUCCCUCCGCCCAAGUGGCCCGCCUUCCACGCCCCAGCUAGCCCGUCCACCCGCCCGCAGCUUACCGUCUCUUUCGCCCACUGCCCGGGCGUCGUGCAAAACAUUCUUUUUAACCCUUCCCACUCCCAACCUUUUCAAUUCUUCUUAGAGCGGAAGGGCGCUGCUGCUAAUCAGCCCCCAUUACCGCCCAAGAUUCCCUCCUCAAACGGCCGACGUCUUCCGUCCAAUAUCCCCCUGCGGACCCUGCAGGCCCGUCCACAUCCAGACCACCACGACCAAGCGACGUCAUUGCUCGCUUCGGAUCGGAACGACGACCACCACCGUGACCACCACCACUCCUCCCACAUCCGCAGCCACGACAGCCACCAUCACGACUACAAUAACGACAAGGACCCUCAUCACGGUCACCCGUCACCUGAGGACUCUCUCGCCUCCGAUUCCGACUCGUGGACCGACACUGGCGACCUCGCUGAGCAGCUUGCCGACGAGGAAGACCCCCUCCGCAUCCAGCUCGCCAGCGACAUUGAUGACGAGCUGCUAGCCGGUAUCCACAAAAGGCAUCCCUCCCACUCAAAGCCUUCCAAGAAGAAGCGCGUUCGCAUUCAACUCUCUCCUGGUCGUCACGAUACCUCACCAAGCCGUCGUGGAGCCGUUAAUAAGGAGGCCAUUGAGGUCCCAGACAUCCCCCAGCCUCGUCCGACCCGCGCGCAGCGAGUCAUUGGCCUCAUCAUGUCGGGCGGUUCCUCUGUUCACGGCCUCACUGGCCGCGCCCUGAUUUACUUUACGAGUAUAUUCGUAUCGUUGGGCGUCUUCCUCUUCGGGUAUGACCAAGGUGUCAUGUCGGGCAUCAUCACAGGCCCUCACUUCAAGAACUACUUUCACCAGCCCUCUACGGCCGAAAUCGGUACCAUGGUUGCCAUCCUCGAGGUCGGUGCCUUCAUCUCUUCCCUGAUUGUUGGUAAGGUGGGAGACAUCAUCGGUCGACGCAAGACUAUCCUAUACGGUUCCAUGAUCUUCUUCGUUGGCGGUGCCCUUCAGACGUUUGCCAACGGCAUGCCCAUGAUGAUGCUUGGCCGAAUCAUUGCUGGUCUGGGCGUCGGUGCCUUGUCCACCAUCGUCCCUGUAUACCAGUCCGAGAUCUCCCCCCCGCACAACCGCGGGAAGCUUGCCUGCAUCGAGUUCUCUGGCAACAUUAUCGGUUAUACCACCUCGGUCUGGGUCGAUUACUUCUGCGGCUUCAUCGACAGCGACAUGUCAUGGCGUCUCCCUCUCCUGAUGCAGUGCGUGAUGGGAGCUCUUCUCGGCGUCGGCAGUCUGGUGAUUGUCGAAUCUCCAAGAUGGCUUUUGGACAACGAUCAUGAUGAGGAGGGUAUUGUCGUCAUUGCCAAUUUGUACGGAAAGGGUGACAUCCACAAUCCCAAGGCUAGGGACGAGUACCGCGAAAUCAAGAUGAACGUACUUCUCCAGCGACAAGAAGGAGAGCGCACGUACGCCGAGAUGUUCCGCAAGUACAAAACCCGCGUCUUCAUUGCCAUGUCGGCCCAGGGUCUCGCCCAGCUUAAUGGCAUCAACGUCAUCAGCUACUACGCCCCGUACGUUUUCGAGUCGGCGGGCUGGGUCGGCCACGAUGCUGUGCUCAUGACUGGUAUCAACGGAAUUACGUACCUGCUGUCGACCAUCCCUCCCUGGUACCUGGUUGACAGGUGGGGUCGGCGUCCAAUCCUCCUGAGUGGUGCCAUUAUCAUGUCAAUUUCGCUGUCCUUGAUCUCAUACUGGAUCUACCUCGACAUAACGUACACACCAACUCUGGUCGUCAUAUUUGUCAUGAUUUACAACGCGGCGUUCGGGUACUCAUGGGGACCGAUCCCUUGGCUCUACCCCCCGGAGAUCCUGCCCCUGAACAUUCGCUCCAAGGGUGCCAGUCUGUCCACCGCGACCAACUGGGCCUUCAACUGGCUGGUAGGAGAGAUGACGCCCAUUCUGCAAGAAUGGAUCAAGUGGCGGUUGUAUCUCGUGCACGCCUUUUUCUGCGCAGUCAGUUUUGUCGUCGUGUACUUCAUCUAUCCCGAAACUUGUGGAGUCCGUCUGGAAGAGAUGGACUCGCUUUUUGGAGACGCCAGUACCGCCAUCGGCACGCCGUCGGUACACGCCGCCGAAAACGACUCGCUUAUGCGUGCCGGAUCUCCUAUCGGGUCCAUUGACUACCGAGGCCGACCCGGCAACUUCACCGCCAACAGCGCCAUCCCCGGCCUGUCACUGGACCCGCCUGACAUUCCCGAUGGCAAGGGCCAGGACGGCGAGGCCAGCAGCACCAUUAGUGGAUGGGUCUCCAGAGUUGUCGGUCGUACACGAGACCAGAGCAGUGGCGGCAGUGGCAGAUAUGCUCCGGUCAACAACCAGGAUGAUUAAGAAGCGCCCCACGCACACGAGAACGAACACGCUUAGAUGGUAUUUUUGCAUAUAGAAGGCGGUUACAUCUCUUCUCGGUGUUGCAUGCUCCCCCGGACUGGGCGGUAAAGGGAAAGAAAGGUGAAGGUAAAGGUUGAGCGGGGAACAGAGUGUGCUUUCUUUUCUGGGUUUUUUUUUUUUUUUUUGACAUGGGUGAGGGAAAACUAGGAUGUCGAGUUGGAUCAAGAGAAGCGUUGUAGAAUAAAGGCGGUACGAGCCAUCGUGCUCAAAGCGUCUGGGAGUACUUUUUGUGUCUUGUUCAUAUGGGGUUGUGUUUUUUCCCCGUUGGACCGCGUGUGUACAUAAACUCUGUGUCUACUACCAGCAAUCUCUGGAAUCAUAGAGAUCAGCCAUUGACAAGAAAUACCUUUUCCUACC